AUGGCAAAGGAUAAAGAGAUAAAGGAUAAGAAGAGGAGAAAGGAUGAGGAUGAGGAUAAUAGUGAUGAUGAUGAUAAGCAACUGAAAAAGAAGGAUAGCAAGAAGAAGGUCAUAGUACAGACUAGUGAUGAUGAUGAUGACGAUAGAAUGAAUACAAGCAGUGAUGGUGAUGAUGAUAAUGAUAAGAAGAAGAAGAAGAAGAAGAAAGAGAAGAAAGAUAAGAAGGAUAAGAAGGACAAGAAGAAGAGUAAAAAGGCAGACAACACAGAUGAUGAAGAGGAGGAUGAAGAUAACGACAAGAAGAAGAAGAAGAAGAAGAAGUCAAGCAAACAAUCAAGUGAUGCUGAAAACAGUGACAAUGAUACUGAUAAGAAGAAGAAGAGCAAGAAGGAUAAGAAAGAGAAGAAGGACAAGAAGAAGUCAAAGCCUGGCUCUGACGAUGAGGAGGAGGAGGAUGAUGAUGUUAGCACUGAGGACGAAAAGGACAAGAAGAAGAAGAAGAAGAAACAAGCUGAGGAGGAGGUCAAGAAGGAGAAAGAGAGUGCUGACAAGAAGAGAAAGGCCGUCCUUGAGGACGACAAUGACAAGAACAAGAAGUCAAAACAAUCAUCAUCAUCAAACGGCAACAACUCAACACCAAGCAAAUCAAAGGAUAGUAGCAGCAGAAGCACAUCAUCUCAGAAUGGAGAGCACAAGACACUGCAACAGUCAUCAAACCAGACCACAAUUUGGAAUGCAUUGAACAAGGAGAUGAAGGCCGACUUUUGUCCACAGUGCAACAACCUACUUCAAUUCCUUGAGCCAUUUGGCAAGCAAGCCAAGUGCAGCGUUUGUAAAUUCCGUGCUGACAAGUCAAUUCUUGGUCAGAAGGUGAUCACAUCCAACAGUACACUCUUUAAGAAGCCAAAGAAGGUGGUGGAUGACGAGGAGGAUCGUGGUGCAGAGAUCGACGAGGAGUGUCCAAAGUGUGGACAUGGCAAGAUGUACUUCAAGACUGCACAGACCAGAUCAGCAGAUGAAGGUCAGACCAUCUUUUAUGAAUGCCAAAAGUGUUCACACAAGUUUUCUACCAAUACAUAA